UCUACAAAAAUUAUUCAAAGUUAUUAAUAAAAUGAAUGUAAAACAUAAAGCAUGCAAAUUAUAUCUAAUUUAAUAUGUAAUAGUUUAUCGUUGUGGAUGGGCAAUGGCGACAUAUCCGUUGCAUGUAACACAGAUAUACGUUGAAGAAAUACAAAUGUAAAAAUUCGAAUUGCUAAAAAUCGUUUGCGUUAGAUACCCUAGCGUUGACGUGAGUUGGAGCAGUAAUCUCGCAUAAUUGAAAUUUUGUAUGAGAAAAAUAAUUUUGGAAUUCGAUCAUUACGUGAGAAAAUCAAGGGAUAACAUGAGGAAAGCAAAAAGAAAACAAAAAACACAAAAAGAGCAGAUGAAAAGUGUAAUUUGUACAAGGGCUGCUGUAAAAUCUACACAGUGUAAUGAUAUGAGUUCCCCACUGAAAAAAGAAGCCAAAUUAGAUAAUAAUAUGCAUGUAAAAAAUGAUAAUUUAGAUGAAACACAUUCAAUGACUGAAUAUAAAUCACCUGUCCACAUAGAUUCGUAUUUCUGCCAACGAAUCACAAAUGUUGAAAGUUCAAAUAUUUCUAAUAGCAAAGCUUCCAUAUUGUCUAUUGAAGAAAUAUUCUAUACCAAUGAACAGAUUAAUGUACAAAAUGAUAUCCUCACUGAUGUUGGUCACUUCAGAACAGAUGAAACACCUGUAGCAGUACCUAUUCAUAAUCCAUCUACACCACAUAGGAUAAAUAUGCCAAACAAUCAUUUAGAAGAUUCAGAUGAAGGAAAUGAUAAACACAAAAAACCAGUAACUCCUGAAGUUAAUAUACAACAGCAAGCUUUAAAAAAGUCUACUAAUCGUGGUCGUAGUAAAUUAAAUAGUAAUCAAAUUAUUAAUCCACGUUCAACAAAUUCUUCAAAUGACAAAAGUACAAAUCAUAAAGUUACCGAUUAUUUUCCCGUGCGUCGCAGUAUAAGAAAACCUAAAAAGAAAGUGUUAGAGGAAAAACAACGUGAUAUGGAGAAUAAAGUGCUUGAACAAGUAGAGGAAGGGUUAGAGGUAAGACCUUUUCCUGGUAAAGGUCGUGGCGUCGUAACAACGCGAGAAUUUAUGAAAGGAGAAUUUGUAGUAGAAUACAUCGGUGAAUUAAUUGACCAAGUAAAAGCAAAGGAGCGAGAAGAAGAAUACGCACAAGAUCAGAACACCGGAUGUUAUAUGUAUUAUUUUCAACAUCGUAAUCAGCAGUAUUGUGUCGAUGCAACAAAAGAGACUGAUAAGUUAGGUAGACUGGUAAAUCAUUCAAGAAAUGGUAAUUUAGUUGCACGAAUAAUCGAAGUAAACAAAACGCCUCAUCUGGUACUUACGGCAAAAGAAAACAUACCUGUUGGGGUAGAGGUAACAUAUGAUUACGGGGAUCGAAGUCGUGAAGCUAUUCGUCAUCACCCAUGGUUGGCAUUAUAGCACCUUCAGAUUAAUUAAUUGCGUAGUAUGGAAUUGUAUUGUACAAAAUUCUUUUAACUGAUUUUAUUCCUCCUAUGAAGGAACAUUACAUAUGGAGAAAAUUUUAGUUGAAUUUUACAAAAAAGCAUACAUGAUAUAGAAUAUAUUCGUAUAUCUGCUUCGUUUAGUAUUUACAUAUUUCCUUAAUUGUUUAUCGAAAAAUCCAUUGUGUGUCUAUUUUAUAUUGUUUUUUUGACUGUCAAAAAAACUAAACUUACAGAAUAUAUGUACUAAAAAUUUGUAAUAUCUUUCAAUAUAUCUAAUUAUGUACUAUUUUAACACUUCACAAUACUUAUCUCUUACAAAUUUAUAAAUAUCCAUUACUAUUCAAUUAAUAACAAAUGCUUCAUCUAGUCCUAGCUUUAGUCUAGUAUUUAUUAAAGUUGGGGGUUUUAACUACAUACCUCAAUAUACUAGGCCAAAACUUCUGGUUGAAGGAUUUGUGAUACCAUGACUCGGAAUAUUUUCAUGUUCUAAAUUUUAAA